UCACUAAUCAAAUAAAUUAGUGUUAAAUGUCUUUAAGAAGUCUAAGAGAUUCUUUAAUAAAUAUAUCGUAUUAGAGGUAGCCAUAUUGAAUAUUAGUUUGCUACGUAUAUUCGCCCAGAUGGCGUUCAAAACACUGUUCCAAGGCAAACUUGGGGAGUUGCUAAUCUAUUUGCUUGGCUAAUCUGUGUUUUUUGCGGCUUAUCCCCGGCGUGUGUCCCCGGGUGUUCACCCGGGGCGAGAUUUUUUUGUGCGCGAAUUUUCUCUUUUCUACCGCAGUAGUAUACAUCGUGCCGCAAGGAAUGGACGAGGCUACGGCCUCGGGGUGUCGGGGAGGGAGGGGGCGGAAACGUUCCUGUCUCCCCCGCUUCGCAACAGACUUUUUCGGUCCCUUUAGACCGUUUUUCACAAUUUGAGGGGCAAAUAGCCCUGUCUCAAAGUCAAAAGCACGACACGCACCUUCUUCCCCUCUCCCUAGCCUCGAAUUACAUUGAAUCAUCCUCAUCCUCCUCGGUAUCCGUGAGUGCGCGAGUCCCCAGUGAGAUUGCGUCAGCCCGGAAAUUUCUCAGAGAGCACAACAAGAGCGCAACUACGAACACUCUCGCACAAGCUCAAGUAUGCAUCUGGAUAAGGCCAGGAACGAAAUAACCUCAACGCAGCAGAAGGGCUACGCACAACCGUGCUCGCAAAUCACCGUAGGCAAUAACGAUAGCGUAGAGGAUGCCACGGCCAUGGAAAUGGACGCCCAAGGGUCACCCCCUCUGAUCUCAGUCCAAAACAGCGAAAAAGGUAACAACAAAAGAUCUUAUUCUGUUCUUGAAGAAGGUAGCGAGGAUACCUCGGCACCAUCGGUUUCGGCGACAUCAUUGCCCUCUGCCCAUGCGCCCUCGAGCGCACGGUCGUCUCAUUUGGGUCCGGAAAAUCCCAAGGCACAGAAAUUAGAGGGAAAGACAAACAACUACACAAACCAAGACCAGGCGCCGUAUUUGGUGCAUGUGUACGCACUCAACAACAGCAAUAAUAACAACAACAACGGCCACCUUCACCCGAUGCGGAUGUUCGCGCAAGUCGGUCGGAUCAUGCCAGCUGCAGACAUCAUUGAAAUGAGGAAACUGGGGCUAGGACAAUCUCUGCCCUCGCAUGUCAUCCUCUUCUGGGCAAGGCACGCAGUGCGACCUUACAUUCCGAAAGCCCGGUUCUGCACAAAAUGCUACAGAGUGGGCCAUUCCAACGUCAUAUGCCGGAGCCCUGCGAGGUGCCUGCGUUGCGGGGGACCGGUGCACGCAGAGAAUUCAAUCUGCCCAGAGGAGAGCAGCACGCCGAAAUGUAUCAACUGCUCAGGUUCAUCAAACGGGAUUGGCUAUCAACACCCCCCUAUAGAGGAUCUGUCAGGUGGGGUUCAUUCUGCGCAGGGGCAUCUUUCCCCCAGGUCGGGCUUGGAAUCCAUUAUAGAUCUGCUGAAGGCUUUCACGGCGGGAGGCGCUCCGGAUAUGACGGCGCUGAUACGCCAGAUUCUACACCUGGUCAGAAAUAUUUCUCCCAUCUUAAGCAAGGUCGCUGAAGUUCUUGAAUUAUUCGGGGCAAGCAAUGUGCACCAGAAUUCGGAUUCUUUUUUCUACCCUCCUCCUCCAAGAGGCCAUUCCUCCAUGGGGGAUCGGAAACUCUGCUAA